AUGCCAGCCAAACGAAAGACCAAACGGGGAGCUCGUGUUGCCAAGGCAUCUCGGGUACCCAAAUCUGGAGGAUGGACACUGCCUCACGGUCUUGCACUUCCAUCUGCUACGUCAGGACAGCUUAAGAACAAUGCAGACACCGAAACCGAGCCAGCACAGAAGCAACUGAACUUGAAAACCACCAAGCCUGUGACUCAACCCAACAAAACCCAGGCUGGUAUCAAGCCUGAGGCCACUGAUUCGACCGAGAAGAAAAUCACCACAGAGGCCAGUGAGUUGCCCGACGAAGACCUGUCAAAGCCAUCCGAUACAAGCAAGGCACCAGAGGGCUACUACGUUGCCACAAGGGUUUACGAUGAUGAAGAGGUGGAGCGCAUACGAAUGAAGACAUCCGUCAAGGACCGGACCCCGUACGAGAAGAAAGUGCUUGUACCUUACAAGACAACUCCGUUCCCCAAAUUCCAGGGACCGUCAGCUGAGGAUUGCACAAAGGUUCACUCGCUCCUCGUCAAGGAGCAUGGUCCAUGUCCACAGCCUGCAGAGAUUCCACCUCCAAGCCUGAAGGUUGCUGGCUGUGGACAGGUCAGGCAGGUCUGCGAUGCGCUUCUGCGUACAGUCCUCAGCACCAACACUCAAUUUGACAACGCGGACAAGGCUGUCCAGGGCCUUCACCAGGCCAUUGGAACUGUCACUGAAAACCUGCAACUGGACCCAGACGAGUACCCAGGACUGAAAGAUUGUCUGGAUUACAGCCGCCUCCGCGCUCUCCCCCUCAAGGCAGUGCAGCAGGCAAUUGAGAAAGGAGGCAACCACAUCGAGAAGGGUAUCAACAUCAAAGCAACCGUAGACCAAAUCUACAACAUCAACGCUGAACGUGCGAAGUCGUUCCGGGAGGAGACUGCAGAUAACCCAGCCACUGUACUGGCGGCCGAACUGCUUUCUGGGCAACAGAAACAACAGGAGAUCUGGAUGUUCGACCAAGGCAUCCUCCACCUCGAACACUUGCGCGCGCUGUCCGAGAAGGAUGCCAUGAAUGAGCUAAUGGCGUUUCGAGGUGUAGGCGUCAAGGUUGCUGCGUGUAUUCUCCUGUUCUGCAUGCAGAAGCCUGUUUUUGCGAUUGACACACACUGCUUUCGCAUUGCAAAGUGGCUUGGUUGGGUCCCUAGAGGGUUGAAGAAAGGUGGCGAAGAUGAGGCUUUCGCGCACCUGGAUUCAACGGUUCCUGACCACCUCAAGCACGAUUUGCACCAGCAAUUCAUCCGACAUGGCCAGUUUUGCUUGAAGUGCAAGACUAAUAGCAACAAAGGGUGGGCUGAUUGGGACAAGACUGUCUGUCCUCUCGAGGAUCUUCUGCAAAGGACCGGCAAGGAGAAACCGCCUCCCAAACUAAAAGCCAAGAAGUCAGGAGAGGAAUCGGGUGAGGAACUGGGUGAGGAACUGGAGAAUGAAGAAGGGGGUUUGGAGGCAAGAACCCCAAAGAAACGAGGUCGACAGCAAAAAGUUGAGGAUAGCGACUUUGAGGAGCCAGCCAAGCGGGCCCGCAAGCAGAAGAACGAGAGUGUGGAGCUGAAACCUACACAGCGCCAUGCGAAGCGUCCGACUCGAUCAACUCGCAACAGCCGAAAGGCAGUGAUUGAAGAAGUCCCUGAGGCACAAAUGAAGGACGAAACACCACAUGGGCUUGCUCAGAUCGAUGUCGCAGAAGCCAUGCUGAAUCCUAUCCUGCGCCAGGAGAUGGUCACGAAGACAGAAGCCGAUGAGGACUCCUCUGACUUGUCUGAGCACAGCGACAGUGAAUUCACUGAGUUCAAUCAGUGA